GAUACUACACAAGCUUCUUAUUGGUCUCGAUAUCGAGUGGCUCCCGUAUUUCAAUCCAUAAGACAAACAACCAGUUGCUCUUCUCCAACUUUGUGUAGGCCGACGUUGCCUUCUUUUUCAACUCCUACACAAAGAUUCCAUGCCCGGUUACCUCGCACAAUUUCUGAGUAACCCAAAUUUCACAUUCGUUGGUGUCUGGGUUGAGGGAGAUGCUGAGAAGUUGAUGUGUGAUCACGGGCUUUUUGUGGCGAAUACUGUGGAUUUGAAUCGACUUGAAUUGUUGUAUUAUGGAGAAUAUGUGUAUGGAAAGAUGGGUUUGAAGAGAAUGGCAAAAGCACUACUUGGGAAAGCCAGAGGAUGUUACUUUGAGAAUUUGAGCUAUGAACAAUUUGAAUAUGGUGCUAUUGAUGCUUUUGUGUCGUUUGAGAUUGGAAAGAAAUUGUUUAAUGCAAUGGCAGAGAGAAGGAAUUGAAUUGCCACUAUCAGCCAUUGAAAUUCCAUUAUCAGCCAUUGGAUUGCCAUCAUCAGCCAUGGCAGCUGCUACAA